UAUUGGAUAAAUAAACUUUUAUCGGUUUUUGUACUCUCGCCUGGAAUUUUCUUUCGCGUAAUCACCUCGAAUUUCGGAAUAUAUCAUGGAUAUAUUGUUGCAUUUACAUUGAUUGUUUAACUUUAUUCACACUAAAAGCAAUAUUCCUGUGGAAUUACAUUCUAGUGGUGAUAUUUUUGAAGGAUUUUAAUCAAGAAAAUUCACUUUCAUUAAUAAAGAUUUCGUGGUGCGUGCAUGGCCUACGGGUAUAAACUUCAGUCGCGUUUCGUCAUCGUAUACUUUGUGCUGAGCUGAAAGAUUUUAAGACAGGACCUUACUAAAGUUUAAUCUCUAUCAUAUUUCUCAAAUGGAAGCGUCAUGAUUUGUUAAAAAGUGCAGCGAAUCGUUGGUAAGCUGAAAAGUUGAAAAGAAACAAAACGGUUCAUAGUACUUCGAAUUCGACACUACACAUCGUGUGUGUGUGUGUGUUUUUAGAUAAAGAAGAUAAAACUCCCCUCAGGUUCAAAGCACAAGAAGAAAAUCAUCAAAACAACCCUGAUUGUUUUGAUAAAACUGCCAAAAUAGUAGAACAAGAAAGUACAAUUGAGUUUAAAUAAUGAUAGUUCACUUUCAAUGCUGACGCGUUAGCUGAAAACAUAUUUGAUGACAUUUAUGAUAUAGAAUCAUAUUCUAAACGAUUUAUUGACAAGGCGCUCUACAAAGAAAUCUUGACAUAUAAAACCACGACCCAUCUGAAGUUUAGCUUUCUUUGUUUCUUUUUGUUUUUCAAGUGCGCCCGUCAUAAUUUAUGAAGGUAUGAAUUGAUUAAGUGGCAUCGCAGAGUCAACCAAUAUCUAUUUUAUAUUUGGGUUGUCUGUUGAAGUUUAUGACAUUGAUGACGCCCGAAAUUUAAUCCUCCAGCAGCCCAUCAAAUCGUAAAUAUUAGGCUUUCUGCCCUUGUCUACCCGACUCGUUAAGAAUUGCUGGUAGCUUCGCGUAGAAGAGGGAAGUGGUUACUUUGCGACAUGGCGGUAUUUACUUCGAAGUGUUUAGGCCUACAUUUCUAGGAGGUUUUUUUGGUGACGAAUACGGUGGAUGUGGUGGUUGGUGGUAUUGCUGGCUAUCUACAAUGGAACGCAACAAUAUUGAUUAUAUAACUGUGGAUUAAAGCUAAUUUUAUCUUUCUGGGACUUCAGUAAGUCUCUUUUAUUACUCUCUAAUGGAUGUGAAAGUGUAUUACUAUUUGAUGUACAUUUUCUGAGUCGUGUUUGAUAACCGUGAUCAUGAAUAAUUAUGUUUCAUUAUCAGUCGUGGAAGGAAUCAUGGUUUUGAAUUAGCGAAAUUGAAAAAGAGAAGGAUCCGUUUUGAUUACUUCAAAAGAAAAAAAUAACAUCUGAGAUAAAUUUUGAGGAGGUAUGCAUGUCGCAUUGGAUCGAGUAAUGGAGGAGGACGAGGACGGCGAGUCAGCGGUUGAGAGACUCGUCUCCAUGCGGGCAGCCCAGGCGGCGCAGGACAACAAAGUCCGUAUCAACGUCGGCGGCAUCCGCCAUGAGACGUACAAAUCGACCUUGCGCAACAUCCCCGAUACCCGCCUCGCGUGGAUGACGACGGUCUCGAUCACGAAUACGACGGCGGAUUACGACCCGAUCACGUGUGAGUUUUUCUUCGACCGGCACCCGACGAUGUUCGAAGCGGUGUUGAACUACUAUCGAACGGGCAAGCUCCACGCGCCGAGUAAUGUCUGCGGCCCGGCUUUUGAGGAGGAACUUCAGUUUUGGGGGAUUGAUGAGAAACAGAUUGAACCGUGCUGCUGGUCGCAUUACACCCAGCACAGAGAUGCACAAGAAACACUGCAAAAACUCCAGGGUGCUGGAUUCGAAAGCGAGGACGAGGAAGAAGAAGACGUCGCUAAAAUCUUCGGAAUCGAGGAAGUUUCGGAAACAGAGAAGAACCAGUGGUACAGGAAAUGGCAACCCAGGAUAUGGACCCUCUUAGAGGAACCCUACUCUUCCCGAGCGGCUUUGGUAAGAUCCUAG